AUGUCUUCGACAGAAGUACGAAGAGGCCAGCCAGGCAUGGACCAAGAUGACUCAAUCCAACUAUCCAUGCUGCAUUCACAACUUCAUGAAUCGCUUGAGGCCUCUCUGACACAGCAAUCGUCCGGUAAACAGCCGCAAUCUGACGAUCCAUACGAAUCUCGGAUUGUCAAUCUUUCUCGCAGCAGUGCGGUCAUUUUGAUUACCACCCUGAGCGGCAUCACGUUUGUGGGCAGCAUGAGCAGUGGACUGCUGACAGUUGGGCUCCCAACCAUCGCAAAAGACUUGAAUUUACCUAACAACUUGCUGUUAUGGCCAGCCUCUGUCUACUCUCUUGCGAAUGGAUGCUGUCUUCUUCUCGCUGGAUCAAUGGCUGACUUCAUGGGCAAUCGAAUGAUCAAUCUUGCUGGCUGCUUUCUGCUCGGCGCAUUCAUCCUGGCUUGCGGGGUAGCGCAGACCGGUAUCCAAAUCAUCCUGUUCCGCACAUUUCAAGGAAUUGCAACAUCAAUGUGCAUUCCCACGGCAUUCAGUAUUUUGACCGAUGCUAUGCCAACUGGAAAGAGAAGAAACAUUGGAUUUGCCUGUCUCGGGCUAGGACAGCCGCUUGGUUUCUCAAUGGGACUGGUACUUGGCGGUCUCUUUCAGGGUUCAUCGCUAGGAUGGAGAUUUGGAUAUUAUCUGUGUGCGGGCAUCUCCAUGGUCCUGACUUUGGUCAACUUUUUCAAAUUGCCGAAAGAUGCAGUGCGUGAGCCAAUCUCCUGGCGUCGGCUUCGAUCGGAAAUUGAUUGGCUCGGAAUUUUGCUCUCGAGCUCUUGUUUGGGGAUAAUAUCCUAUGUCUUUGCAACAAUCACCGACAAACCAUCUAAUAUUCAACGACCGGAAAAUAUUGUUCUACUCUGUGCAGCUGCAGUGAUGAUUCCUUCAUUCAUGGGAUGGAUGAACUGGCGCGAGAAGAAUGGGAAAUCCGCGCUGAUACCUAACAGUCUAUGGAGAAACACGGCAUUCACAUCCGUGUGUGUGAUGGUUCUGCUUUCAUGGGCUGUACUCAAUGGAAUGGAAACGAUACUCAGUUUGUUUUUCCAAGAGGUCCAAGAUCUGUCGGCGUUCCAGGCUGCUCUUCGCUUCCUGCCCAACGUUGUCAUUGGCAUUUUAUUGAAUUUGGGCACCGGAUUGCUUGUUCAUCGCCUACAUGCUGAUCACUUGGUGCUGGUAAGCACAUUCCUGAGCGCCGGAUCUCCACUCCUGAUGGCCAUCAUCGACCCUACUUGGUCAUGGUGGUACUGUGCAUUCUGGGCUGUACUUCUCGGUCCCCUUUCGGCAGAUGUCAUCUUCACAAUUGCCAAUCUCAUCAUCACCGAUGCCUUCACCCCCAAAACACAAGGUCUGGCUGGUGCAGUAUUCAAUGUCACCGCACAGUUUGGAACUUCCAUCGGCCUGACCAUCUUCGCCAUCAUCUCCGCCGGCGUCACUCAAGGAUCCGCUGAAUCGGAUAAGGCUUCGCCAGAAGCAUUGAUGAUCGGCUACCGAGCCGUCUUCUGGACCUGCUUCGGACUAAUGAUAGCAGCUUGCGGAGUUGGUGCAUUAGGACUGCGCAAAAUUGGAAAAGUUGGAUUGAAGCGGGAUUGA